AUGUCGCCCACCAAAAUUAGAGCAGCAUCUGAGCACGACAGGAUGGGCGCGGCCGGACCCAAGAUGGCAGGGGAGCGUGCGUCAGCACUGAUGGCACAACAGAUGUGUGACAUGGACAGUGAAUGGCUUCCUGCUCCCCUGUACACCCUCUCCUUCUCUAAUUUCUAUUGCUUUCCUCCAAAGCACGUCACUGUGCGGAAGGGUGGGGAUGCGGUCAUCGUGUCGUUUCUAUUGCAUUUUUUUAAAAACUACCAGUAUAUUCUAGCCCUGGUUUUCGCCAUUGAAGAGGUCAACAUGAAUCCACACUUGUUGCCCAACUUGUCUCUGGGAUAUGAGAUUCAGAAUGUCCUGCCCAGCCAGGAGAGGACACUGGAGAGCGCACUCAUUUUGCUCGCCGGGCAAGAUGAGCACCCCAACUACACCUGUGGGAGGGAGAGGAAGUCUGUGGCAGUAUUAUCAGGACCGUCACAGGCAGCCUUUUCCCAGACCGGAACAUUGUUAGACCUCUACAGAUUUCCACAGCUCAACUACGGCCCCUCAUAUCCUGUUCUAAGUGACAAAGGCCAGUUUUCUUCUUCCUAUCACCUGGCCUGCAAGGAAACAGCUCUGGCCCUUGGGAUGGUCUCCUUGAUGGUUCAUUUCAGCUGGACCUGGGUGGGACUGAUCAUCGCAGAAAGUCAGAACGGCUUUCAAUUUCUUUCUGACCUGAGAAGUGAGAUGGACAAGAACAGAAUCUGUGUGGCGUUUGAGAGCUUCGUCUCCUCCCAGAUGGUAGAUGGGGACUACACUGCCCCACUCCAGAUGUUACUUCGCAGGGAAGUGUCGUCUGCAACUGUAAUUGUCAUUUAUUUUGAUACAGACAGCUUAAGAAAUAAUUUCUUUUAUACAGGGCAGUACUUAGUGACCGGGAAAGUCUGGGUUACAAAUUCCCAGUGGCACGCUGCCUCCCACGGGCAAAAUUUCCUACUUGAUUCCUUCCACGGGACUUUCAUUUUUGCCAAUCACCGUGCGGAGAUUUCUGGAUUCCAAAGUUUUAUCCGGAAAGUGAACCCUUCUUCCUACCCAGAGGACCUUUACCUUGCAGACUAUUGGUUCCGGCAGUUUGAUUGUUCCUACUCAGAAUCUGACUGUCUGCUGAAGAACUGUAUGCCCAACGCCUCCUUGGCAAGGCUGCCUGCACACCUUUUUGACCCUGCCAUGAACGAUGGCAGUUAUAAUAUAUACAAUGCCGUGUACGCUGUGGCCCACUCCCUGCAUGAGCUGUCUGUCCAGCAGGAGGAGGCACAGCUGGCUGGAACUGGACGAGGAAUGAAGUUUUCCCCAUGGCAGCUUCACCCUUUUCUGAGGAACAUCCAAUUUUACAAUCCUGCCGGAGACCAAGUGAGCCUGGAUGAGGAAAGGAAGCGAGAUACAGAGUAUGACAUUAUGAACUUCUGGAAUUUCCCUGAAGGUCUCAGACUCAAAGUGAAAGUAGGACAGUUUUCCUCCCAUCAUCCAUCUGGCCAACAAUUGUCUUUUCAUACCAAUAUGGUAGAAUGGCCAGUAGGGAUUACAGAGACACCUCAGUCUGUGUGCAGUGAAAGUUGUAAUCUUGGGUUUAGGAUAAGCCACCAAGAGGGAAAGCCUCCCUGUUGCUUUGACUGCACUCCCUGUCAAAAGAAUGAGAUCUCCAAUCAGACAGACACAGAGCUGUGUAUUAAGUGUCCAGAUCAUCAGUAUGCCAAUAGUCAGCAAAACAGAUGCCUCCAAAAACUGACGACGUUUCUGGCCUAUGAGGACUCCCUGGGAAUGGCACUGGUUGGCACAGCCUUGGGUUGCGCGGUGCUCGCGGCUGCUGUUCUUGCCGUCUUUGUGAGGCAUCGAAGGACUCCCGUCGUCAAGGCCAAUAACCGGGCCCUCAGCUACAUCCUGCUUGUAUCCCUCGUCUGCUGCUUCCUCUGCUCCCUGCUCUUCAUCGGCCGUCCCAACACGGCCACCUGCAUCCUGCAGCAGGUCACGUUUGGAGUUCUGUUCACUGUGGCUGUGUCCACCGUCUUGGCCAAAACAAUCACUGUGGUUCUGGCCUUCAAGGUCACUGCUCCAGGGAAGAGGAUAAGGCAACUGUUGGUGUUAGGGGCACCUAACUACAUCAUUCCCAUCUGCACCCUGGUCCAGCUCGUCCUCUGCGGCGUCUGGCUGGGCACAGCCCCUCCCUUCGUUGACACAGAUGCUCACUCCGAACAGGGGCACGUCCUCCUCCUGUGCAACAAGGGCUCGGCCGCUGCCUUCUACUGCGUCCUCGGGUACCUGGGGGCCCUGGCCCUGGGGAGCUUCGCUGUGGCUUUCCUGGCCAGGAACCUGCCUGACGCGUUCAAUGAAGCCAAGUUCCUGACCUUCAGCAUGCUGGUGUUCUGCAGCGUCUGGGUCACCUUCCUCCCUGUCUAUCACAGCACCAAGGGCAAGCUCAUGGUGGCCGUGGAGGUCUUCUCCAUCCUGGCCUCCAGUGCAGGGCUGCUGGGCUGCAUCUUUGUCCCCAAGUGCUACAUUAUCUUGUUAAGGCCAGAAAGGAAUUCUGUGCAUGGAUUCAGGGACAAAACACACCGUGGGAGGAAUAAACCUUCUUAG